CACUAUUAAAGUAUCAAAUCAUUUGAGUUUGACUUGCUUCUUUGUAUCAAAGCAAUCAGAUUUCUUUGAUAACUUCAAGAGUUCUUCAUUUUCCAAACCUACCCACUUCAAAUCCUAAAGUUGGGAGCGAUUUUUUCACUCACUCCUACCAUAUAAAGAUUUCUGUACCCAAACGAAUCGAAAGUAGAGUCCUGUUAGGUUUCUGGGUAUUCUCGAUUCGAGUGUAUGAUUAACCUUUUUCCUAAAUUCUGGAAAAGGGUAAGAGUUUUUUAAUUCAAUCAUGGUGAAUUUGAAGGAAGUUUUAGCGAAGAAGACAGUGAUAGGUCUUGUAUUGGGACAGAUUCUCUCUCUUCUUAUCACCUCAACUGGAUUUUCAUCGUCGGAGCUUGCUAGAAGAGGAAUCAACGCACCUACUUCACAAUCUUUAGCCAACUAUGUGAUGUUGGCAAUCGUUUAUGGAGGAAUACUAAUAUACAGGAAAAGUGGGCUUAAGGCUAAAUGGUAUUACUAUUUACUUCUUGGACUUGUAGAUGUAGAGGCAAAUUAUCUAGUGGUGAAGGCGUAUCAAUACACAUCUAUAACAAGUAUAAUGUUACUCGAUUGUUGGUCAAUCCCUUCUGUGAUCUUGCUGACGUGGCUUUUCCUAAAGACAAAAUACAGAUUCAAGAAAAUUGCAGGUGUUUCCAUUUGUAUUGCGGGUCUUGUUCUUGUUAUCUUUUCAGAUGUUCAUGCAGCAGAUCGAUCACAAAGCGGAAGUAGCCCUAUAAAGGGCGACUUACUAGUGGUUGCAGGGGCUACCCUUUAUGCUGUCAGCAAUGUUAGCGAGGAGUUCUUUGUGAAAACUGCUGAUAGAAUUGAACUCAUGGCUAUGUUGGGGUUAUUUGGUGCUAUUAUUAGUGGUAUUCAAAUAAGCAUACUUGAACGAGUGGAACUCAAAUCCAUCCAUUGGUCUUCAGGAGCUUUGCUUCCUUACACGGGAUUUGCAGCAGCAAUGUUUCUAUUUUACUCGGGAGUCCCUGUUUUGCUGAAGAUGAGUGGAUCGACAAUGCUAAAUCUGUCUUUAUUGACAUCCGACAUGUGGUCAGUUUUGAUUCGUAUCUUUGCAUACCAUGAAAAGGUGGAUUGGAUGUAUUUUGUGGCGUUUGCUGCUGUUGCUGUUGGGCUGGUUGUUUAUUCAGGGUUUGAUAAAGAAAACCAUGGAGAAGUUGUGGAUGAAGUGGAAGAAAGAAGUAGAUAUUUAGAUGAAGAAGUUGGAGGUGUGAGUUCAAAUAAAUCAUAUGUAGCAAUUGGUAGCAGUAGUAGUAACAGUAGCAGUAACAGUAACAGUAACAAGCAUGAGUCUGCUUCCACAAGUGAAAGAAAAACGGGAAGCAACACACAGAUCAAGAAGAUUUGAUCUUGGAGUUUAUUCUUACAAAAAAAGAAAAAUGCAUUUUGAUGAUUAGCAAUACUAAUAGUAUAACUUUAUAAAUGAAUUUAAGGAAAGC